UGCGAAAGCUCCAUUUUCAUUUCAUUUCCGAAAAGUGACAAAGUGUUUUUGUAACUUCACUUUUCAAUUUGUCUUCAAAACGCAUGGAUAAAGUUUUUCCGCUAACUUGUCUGACUACACCUUAAGCCUAACAAAAAGCCCUAAAUAAUGUCAUCGUCAGAAGGUGAACAAUCUGAGAGCCAGUUGCAAUCAGACGAUGAGGAGCAGCAGGAGCUCGACUUAGACGCUAGUGACACUGAUUCCGAUGAAGAUGAUGAGAAUUCCGAUGACGAACUGGUCAAACCAAAAUCCCUCGAGGAGAAAGUUACUGAGGAGCUUACUAAAAAGUACUCAGAACGCCAGGGUAAACAAUUGUAUAUUCGCUUCCCCCAUAAACUACCUGAGGAAGAUGACGAGUUUCAGGAACAGGCAAAGACGCUGUCUCCUCUGAUUGUGAAGGCUCACAAACCCCGACAGAAACACGCACGUUUCUGCCUCGUUGAUUUCAAUUCACGGGAAGACCGCGAUAUUGCCUUCAAGGCAAUAAAAGCUUCGGCGAAGAAAAGUGAAAGGAAAAUCGUUGUAUCGAUUCCACGCACAGAGAACUCGGAAUUUGUCCAGGAGCUCGUUCAACGCAGAAUAAAUGCUUUAGAGAAGAAGAAAGCAAAGGCGCGAUUAAGACAUGCGAGUAAAUUAGCAUUGCGGGCGAAAAAUUUCACAUCCUCGAUUGUUAUAACAAAUCUGCCUCGAAGUGCCUCGAAAGCGGAAGUGCGUAGGUUAUUCCCAACAGCGGUUGAUGUGCAAAUAAAACCACGAAAAGGUCACUUGAUCGCUUCUAGUAUAGCCGCAGUCACGUUACCCACGACAAUGGAGGCGCGUGCAGCAGUAAAAAAGAAACAAUCUUUGGGCGGGACGGAACUUAAAAUUCGAUAUGAUACGCAGCAGCUUAAGAAGCCCAGAAGUAAAUCAAAGACCAAAGAUAGACGGAAGGGUCCCAAGGGUUUGCAGCCUGCGGCAAAAAACUAAGAGAUUAAAUUUAAAAUAUUAAAACUGUCCAAGAAAAAUCUAAACAAUAAAAAAAAAAUUAAAAAAAAU